UUUGCGCGACUGUGUUUUUGUUCCGCUUAGCUUAUAUGUAGUCAACAUGGUGGCGUUUCCAGUUUCACUGACUGAAGAAGAGGAGGCUUUGCAAAAAAAAUAUGCUAAGCUCAAGAAAAAGAGAAAAGCACUGCUUGCUCUUAAGAAGCAGAAUACAACCAACCAGACAAACCAGAGCGGAUUAAAACGCACGCUGUCAGACCAGCCAGUUGUUGACACUGCCACGGCGACCGAGCAAGCCAAGAUGUUGAUCAAGUCGGGUGCAAUCAGCGCCAUCAAAUCGGAGAACAAGAACUCUGGUUUUAAACGUUCUCGCAUGCUGGAAAUUAAACUAAAGGAUCCCGAAAAAGGUCCAGUUCCGGCUUUCUUGCCUUUCCAAAGAAGCGUGUCCACAGAUGAAGUUGAACCUGAGUCUGGAAGGAGAUCCCAGAGGAAGUCGCUGUACGAAAGCUUUGUCAGUUCCAGUGACAGAUACCGGGACGAGGACGACGGGGGCGGCGUGUCCUCCAGCCGAGAGACGGACAGAGACCGCGAUCGGGAGCGGGACAGAGAGCGGGAACGGGACAGCGAACGAGAGCGCGAGAGGGACCCCGAGCGCGAUAGAGAGAGAGAGAGGGACCGUGACAGAGAGCGGGGUCGAGAUAGAGAAAGCGAAAAGGAUAGAGAACGUGACAGGGACAGGGAGCGAGACAGAGACAGAGAAAGAGACCGGGAGAGGGACCGAGAGACAGACAGAGAGCGGGACCGGAGCAGCGAGAGAGAUCGGGAUCGUGAAGGUGAAAGAGAGAGAGAUGGGUCCUUCAGACGCUCUGAUUCUUAUCCUGAGCGCAGAGUGAGGAAAGGGAACACUGUGUAUGUUUAUGGAUCGGGGCUCUCUGAGGACAGCAUGCGCUCUGCUUUCUCUCAACAUGGCAACAUCAUCGACCUCUCCAUGGACAACCCACGCAAUUGUGCAUUCAUUACUUUUGAGAAGAUGGAGUCUGCAGACCUGGCAGUAACUGAGUUGAAUGGGAGCACGGUGGGAGACGUUCACAUCAAAGUCAGCAUCGCCAGGAAGCAACCCAUGCUGGACGCUGCCACUGGAAAAUCUGUGUGGGCCUCUUUGGCUGUGCACAACAGCGCCAAAGGCUCUUACAGGGACAAGAGGAACCAGGUGGUGUACAGUGAAGAUUUCCUGUAGCGAAUCAAGCAGACAGCUGUUAUUUUCUCUCCAUUCUUUAGAUUUUGUCUAGGACUGUAUCUGUAAAAAUACUUUUUUCAUACAUAUUAACUUUUUUUUGUAAUUACUAGUUCAAUUGUUAAGGUUUUUGUUUUGACUAAUAAAGCAAGCCCAGUAAAAAGUAUUCCUA